AUGAAUGAUGACGAGCCUUUGUCUAAUAUCUGGCAGAAGAUUGAAGACCGUGGGUUCCGGAAGCCUCCUUACUUGCAAAACGGCGGGGUAAUCUACAGCGAGGACGAUCAAGAUUGCGUAGUGACAGAUCAUGACGAAGUCGUUGUGGUCGCGGCAGACGAAGCUUCUACCAAGAACACGAUUAAGAUCACGGAAAGUCUGAUCGCGCAUGCCAAUACCCAUUACGGACGACCUUUCGAUUUUGACGUUAACCCCUUGGCCCCACAGCGAGCCAUUGAGAGCAGCCACGGGUUUCGCAUCUCGUUCGAGCGGACGCCAAGGGUACCGGACGACAACAAGCUUCACCAAUUACCAGGUUCAUUGGGCAGUCACGAUCUGUUCAGCGUAGAAGCGUACGCGGACCGCUUACCGGCCAGUAUUGGACAGGCCGGUGGAGUGUUCUUCCCCAUGUGGCAGCGGGAAGCCAUGUGGCUCAACUUCCAAUCCGAGCUGCACAAGCGUGACGAUGAGUGCGCGGUACGAGUCUUUGCGGGCCAGGUCAAUGCCAUUUCAGGUCUUAAUAUGAACGAAGCAUCUAAAGGGCAGCACAACGAGCAGCUGCAGGACUACAUUGUUAUCCCAAACCAACCGUGGCUGGAUGGCAUCUGUGUAGCCCCUGGUAUUGUUCGCCAGUUCGUCGCCAUGCCUCUUGGCUCUGGCUAUACCGUGGAAGGACAGAAGACAGCAGAAGAGAGAUACGGAGGACUUCAGUUGGAAGUCACACCCCAGUUAUCUGGCCACCGGCGCUUGUGGUCGGACACUAGGCGCCAGUGUGUCAGUAUCGAACGUGGAAAUGUCAGUUACACUGAUAGUUUGUGGGAAGCCAAGACCCCUCAGGAGCUUCAAUACAAGGUUGGCGACAUUUUGAAAUCGUAUUCGCCCGAUCUUACGCGUCGAGAGCCGUUCUGGAUCAAGUAUCUAUCUGAGCCAGGCCGAACUUCUACCUUCCGUGCUUGUACGAGUGACGCUCGCGUCGGAUUUGGUGGUCACAAUGAGCUGGAUAAAGUCAGUGUUGAAGCAGACGCCAGUCAUCGCAAAACGACUGAGGUAGAGGACUUCACAGCUAUGGGCCUUGCGGUUGGCGGAAAACUCAUUCAAGACAUAUACAAAGACCCUUUCUAUUACGACAACUGGAAUUACGCUGCUACGCGUAUCCUGAAUAUACAUAUUCUCGACCCGAUCACUUGCGAAAAGGUAACGCAUAUCGUCCCCCGACCUCCACCGAUCGAUGCCAAAGCGUACACAGAGGCUGGUGGUCAGUAUUUCGUUGUUGAAGAGAAGGUAGAUGAGCGACUUGACAGAGGUGCCUUCGACAACGUAAAGAGUGUCAGCCAAAUGGACCAACACAUCGGCAUCAGCACUGAACCAGAGUUUGACCCAACGAAACCGAAGAUUAUCCGUCCCUGCGACCACCAAUUCUGCAACAUCUGCAUCAAGCGCAUCGAGCAGAACAGCGGCGAAGAUGUGGACUCGGCGCGCAGAAACUGGAAGUGCCCGACUUGCGAUAGUGUUGUUUCGCACGUAGCAGGCUUUUCUGCGCCGAUGAAUCUACCAGGCGAAGAGCCGUUGCGCGUCAAGGUCCCGGUCAACGUGCUGAAAAUUGAAGAUGGGAGGAUGAGGUUUACAAGUGUGCAUAGGAGCAGGGUUUAG